GCCACCAUGCACGUGAAGAAGUACCUGCUCAAGGGACUGCACCGGCUGCAGAAGGGCCCGGGCUACAGCUACAAGGAGCUGCUGGUGUGGUACUGCAACAACACCAACACGCACGGGCCCAAGCGCAUCAUCUGCGAGGGCCCCAAGAAGAAGGCCCUGUGGCUGCUGCUCACGCUGCUCUUCGCCUGCCUGGUGUGCUGGCAGUGGGGCGUCUUCAUCAGGACCUACCUGGGCUGGGAGGUCAGCGUGGCCCUCUCCCUGGGCUUCAAGACCAUGGACUUCCCGGCCGUCACCCUCUGCAACGCCAGCCCCUUCCAGUAUUCCAAAGUCAAGCACCUGCUGAAGGACCUGGACCAGCUGAUGGAGGCCGUGCUGGAGAGGAUCGUGGCCCCCGAGCCAGGCCGGGCCAACGCCAGCAGCACCCUGAACUUGACCAUCUGGAACCACACGCCCCUGGUCCUUAUCGAUGAGCGGGACCUCCGCCACCCCGUGGUCCUCGACCUCCUUGGGAGUGACAACACCAAUGGCUCAGCAAGCGGCAGCCCAGCCCCGGGAAGGACGUGUAGCGCCCAGGAGUGCAAAGUGGCCAUGAGACUAUGCAGCCUCAACGGGACCGCGUGCGCCUUCUGGAACUUCACCAGCGCCACCCAGGCCGUGACCGAGUGGUACGUGCUGCAGGCCACCAACAUCUUCUCGCAGGUGCCGCGCCAGGAGCUGGUGGCCAUGGGCUACUCGGCCCAGCGGAUGAUCCUGGCCUGCCUGUUCGGGACGGAGCCCUGCAGCCACCGGAACUUCACGGCCAUCUUCUACCCCUACUACGGCAACUGCUACAUCUUCAACUGGGGCAUGACGGAGAAGGCGCUCCCCUCUGCCAACCCCGGGAGUGAAUUUGGUCUGAAGUUGGUGCUGGACAUAGGCCAGGAGGACUAUGUCCCCUUCCUCGCAUCCACGGCCGGGGCCCGGCUGCUGCUUCACGAGCAGAGGACGUACCCCUUUAUCCGAGAGGAGGGCAUCUAUGCCAUGACGGGGACAGAGACCUCCAUCGGCGUGCUGGUGGACAAGCUGCAGCGCAUGGGCGAGCCCUACAGCCCGUGCACUGUGAACGGCUCCGAUGUCGCGGUCCAAAAUCUCUACAGCGACUACAAUACGACCUACUCCAUCCAGGCCUGUCUCCACUCCUGCUUCCAAGACCACAUGAUCCAUAACUGCAGCUGCGGCCACUACCUGUACCCGCUGCCCCGGGGGGAGAGAUACUGCAACAACCAGGAUUUCCCAGACUGGGCCCACUGCUACCUAGACCUGCGGAUGAGCGUGGCCCUGAGAGAGACGUGCAUCAGCAUGUGCAAGGAGUCCUGCAAUGACACCCAGUACAAGAUGACUAUCUCCAUGGCCGACUGGCCUUCUGAGGCCUCCGAGGACUGGAUUCUCCACGUCCUGUCUCAGGAGCGGGACCAGAGCCCCAACAUCACUGUGAGCAGGAACGGCAUCGUCAAGCUCAACAUCUACUUCCAAGAAUUCAACUAUCGCACCAUCGAGGAAUCAGCAGCCAACAAUAUCGUCUGGCUGCUCUCCAACCUGGGCGGCCAGUUUGGUUUCUGGAUGGGGGGCUCCGUGCUGUGCCUCAUCGAGUUUGGGGAGAUCAUCAUCGACUUCCUGUGGAUCACCAUCAUCAGGCUGGUGGCCUUCCUCAGGAGCCUGCGGCGGAGGCGGGCCCGGGCUCCCUGUGACAGCCCCCCGCCCACUGUGGCCGAGCUGGUGGAGGCCCACACCAACUUUGGCUUCCAGCCCGACCCCGCCAGCCAGGCCGAGGGCUACCCCAACGGGCAGCCACUGCCCAUCCCGGGCACCCCGCCCCCUAACUAUGACUCCCUGCGUCUGCAGCCGCUGGACACCAUUGAGUCUGACAGUGAGGGUGACGCCAUCUAG